AUGAGAAGCAUGAGACGACUGUUUCUCUUACUUUGUUUCAUUGCUCUCAUGUUACAUGAAGCGUCUGGUUUUACCGAUGAAACUGAUAGGCAAGCGUUGCUGGAGUUCAAGUCUAAAGUUUCGCAAAACAGAAGAGUUGUCUUGUCCUCAUGGAAUCACACUUUCCCUCUUUGCAAGUGGACUGGGGUUACUUGUGGCCGCAAACACAAGAGAGUUACUAGUCUGAACCUCGGAGGAUUGCAAAUGGGCGGGGUGAUAUCACCAUCUAUUGGUAAUCUUUCGUUUCUCAUAUCACUCAAUCUCUCUGGUAACUCAUUUGGUGGUACCAUCCCUCACGAGGUGGGAAACUUGUUUAGACUUGAAAACUUGGAAAUGGGUUUAAAUUUUCUCGAGGGAGGGAUUCCAGGCGGUCUUUAUAACUGCUCUAGAUUGUUUCACAUUGAUUUAUAUUCAAAUCAUCUUGGAGAAGGUGUUGUUUCAGAACUAGGGUCAUUGAUAAAGCUUGUUUCUUUAAAUCUUGGUCAAAACAACCUGAAAGGGAAGCUCCCUGCAACUCUAGGAAACUUGACCUCACUCAAAUAUUUUAGCUUAUCACAAAACAAUAUAGAAGGAGGAAUUCCGGAUGAUAUGGGCAGACUGACUCAAUUGGUUGUUCUUCUAUUGCCAAUGAACAAUUUCUCAGCCGUUUUUCCUCGUGCAAUCUACAAUAUGUCUUUGCUUGAGAGAUUAUACAUCUCUGAUAAUCAUUUCUCGGGUAGUCUGAGACCUGAUUUUGGUAAGCUGCUACCAAACCUACAAGAGCUAAACAUGGGACGUAAUUAUCUAAAAGGAGCCAUUCCAGCAACACUUGGCAAUAUCUCCAGUCUUGAAAAGUUGGCAAUCGAUAAUAACAAUCUGACAGGAAGUAUUCCUCCAAGCUUUGGAAAAGUAGGGAAUUUGCAAUACCUAGGGUUUCAUGGUAAUUCUUUGGGAAGUGGCUCUUUUGGAGAUGUUGAAUUCCUUGGUGCUUUGACUAAUUGCACCAAGCUACAAUUCUUAGAUGUAGGUGAUAACAGGCUCGGCGGUGACUUGCCGGCCUCCAUUGCCAAUCUGUCCACCAACCUCAUCAGCUUAAGCCUUUCAAAAAAUCUCAUCUCAGGAAGCAUUCCUCAUGACAUUGGGAAUCUCAUAAGCCUACAAAGGCUUUUGCUACAAGAAAAUCAAUUAACAGGUCCACUACCAGCCUCUAUUGGGAAGCUUUUAGGAUUGGGGGAUAUUGGUCUUCAUUCAAAUAGAAUGUCAGGAGAGAUACCAUCCUCGAUAGGCAACAUGAGUCGGUUAGAAAAACUCUAUUUAUUCGACAAUAGUUUUCAAGGUACCAUUCCUCUGAGUCUCGGUAACUGCAGCUCCCUCCUACAAUUAAAGCUUGAGUAUAAUAAGUUGGAUGGGACUAUACCUCGGGAACUUCUGGAAAUUCGAUCGCUUCUCAAUCUAAGCAUGUCAAAUAAUUACUUGACUGGCUCUCUGUCAAAAGAUGUUGGGCAACUUGAAAACCUUGUUGGGCUAUAUCUUGCUCAUAAUAGAUUAUCAGGGCAACUACCACAGAGUUUGGGAAAGUGUCUCUCUAUGGAACAACUUUAUCUACAAGGUAACUAUUUUGAUGGAGCCAUUCCAGAUAUCAGAGGAUUGGUGGGUGUUAGAGAAGUUGAUUUGUCGAACAAUAACCUCUCUGGAAGCAUACAUGAAUAUCUUGCAAAACUCUCCAAGUUGCAGUAUCUGAAUCUGUCCUUCAACAAUCUUGAGGGAAGGGUGCCAACGGAAGGAAAAUUUCAGAAUGCUACUAUAGUAUCGGUAUUUGGGAACAAACAUCUAUGUGGAGGCAUCAAGGAAUGGCUACUAGAGUCAUGCCAUGCUCAAGCACCAUUAGUGGGGACAAAGCAUUCUUCUCUUUUCAAGAAAGUUGCGAUUGGGGUCAGCAUAGGCAUAGCUAUACUUUUGAUAGCUUCAGUUUCUCUGAUUUGGUUCAGAAAAAGAAAGAAGAACCAAGAUACCAACAAUCCUCCUCCUUCCACUUUGGGGGCCUUUCAAGAAAAGGUAAGUUAUGGAGAUCUCCGUAGUGCGACAGAUGGCUUCUCUCCGAGCAAUUUGAUUGGGUCAGGCAAUUUUGGUACUGUGUUUAAAGCAUUGCUCCCGGCAGAGAAUAAUGUUGUUGCAGUGAAAGUUCUGAACCUGCAGAGACGUGGAGCGAUGAAGAGCUUUAUGGCAGAGUGUGAAUCUCUUAAGGACAUAAGGCAUCGUAAUCUUGUAAAACUAUUGACAGCUUGCUCGAGUAUUGAUUUCCAAGGAAACGAAUUCAGAGCUCUCAUCUAUGAGUACAUGUUGAAUGGAAGCUUGGACACGUGGCUGCACCCAGAGGAAGUGGAAGAGAUUCGUAGGCCCUCGAGAACUUUGACUCUUCUUGWAAGGCUUAAAAUUGUCAUAGACGUGGCUUCUGUUAUGGAGUAUCUUCAUGUUCAUUGUCAUGAACCUAUAGCUCAUUGCGAUCUCAAGCCAAGCAACGUCCUUUUAGACGAUGAUUUGACUGCCCAUGUUAGCGACUUUGGUCUCGCUCGGCUCCUUGACCAGGAGUCUUUCCUCAACCAACUCAGCUCAGCUGGGGUUAGAGGAACCAUCGGUUAUGUCGCACCAGAAUAUGGAAUGGGAGGACAUCCAUCGAUACAUGGCGAUGUGUACAGCUUUGGGGUUCUCAUUUUGGAAAUGUUCAGUGGAAAACGACCAACCAAUGAGUUAUUUGGAGGAAACUUUACCUUCCAYAGCUACAUCAAGUCCGCGUUGCCAGAUCGAGUAUUGGAUGCUGCCGACAAAUCAAUUCUUCACAUCGGUCUUAGAGUUGGUUUCCCAAUUGCAGAGUGUUUGACAUUGGUUUUCGAKGUGGGACUUAGGUGCUGUGAAGAAUCUCCUACGAACCGGUUACCAAUGAGUGAAGUUCUCAAAGAAUUAGUCUCAAUCAAGGAGAGAUUCUUCAGAGCCAGAAGGACAACUAGAGCUUGA